AUGGCGGCUGCCGCCUCCCCCAUGGCCCCCAGCGGGGGCUCGCCUCCAACAGGUGGUGGUGGAAGCACGGGGACCCCCGGACUUUUGCAGCCCCGCUGGAAACGAGUCCUGGGCUGGUCGGGCCCUGUGCCCCGGCCCCGCCACGGCCACCGGGCCGUGGCCAUCAAGGAGCUGAUCGUGGUCUUCGGAGGGGGCAACGAGGGCAUCGUGGACGAGCUGCACGUCUACAACACAGCCACAAACCAGUGGUUCAUCCCAGCCGUGCGGGGGGACAUCCCCCCUGGCUGUGCCGCCUACGGGUUCGUUUGCGACGGGACCCGCUUGCUGGUGUUUGGCGGGAUGGUGGAGUACGGCAAGUACAGCAACGAUCUCUAUGAACUUCAGGCCAGCCGCUGGGAGUGGAAAAGACUGAAAGCCAAAACUCCCAAGAACGGGCCUGCGCCCUGCCCACGCCUCGGCCACAGUUUCUCGCUAGUGGGCAACAAGUGCUACCUGUUUGGGGGGCUGGCCAAUGACAGCGAAGACCCCAAGAACAACAUUCCCAGAUACCUGAACGACCUCUACAUCUUGGAGCUGCGUCCGGGGACUGGCGUGGUGGCCUGGGACAUCCCCAUCACCUACGGGGUGUUGCCUCCCCCACGGGAGUCCCACACCGCUGUGGUGUACACAGAAAAGGACAACAAAAAAUCCAAGCUGGUCAUCUACGGUGGCAUGAGUGGCUGUCGUCUGGGCGACCUGUGGACGCUGGACAUUGAUUCUUUGACGUGGAAUAAGCCCACGUUGAGCGGAGUAGCUCCUCUCCCACGCAGCCUGCAUUCGGCCACGACCAUCGGGAACAAGAUGUAUGUGUUUGGGGGCUGGGUGCCGCUCGUCAUGGACGACGUGAAAGUGGCCACGCACGAAAAAGAGUGGAAAUGCACAAACACCCUGGCUUGCCUCAACCUAGACUCCAUGGCCUGGGAGCCCAUCCUGAUGGACACGCUGGAGGACAAUAUCCCACGGGCCCGAGCCGGCCACUGCGCUGUGGCCAUCAACACUCGCCUGUAUAUCUGGAGUGGGCGUGACGGCUACCGCAAGGCGUGGAACAACCAGGUCUGCUGCAAGGAUCUCUGGUACCUUGAGACAGAGAAGCCUCCGCCGCCUUCUCGGGUGCAGCUGGUCCGUGCCAACACCAACUCCUUGGAAGUGAGCUGGGGCUCCGUCCCGACCGCUGACUCCUACCUGCUGCAGCUGCAGAAGUACGACAUCCCGGCCGCCACCACGCCGGCUGCCAACCCUGUGCCCUCCGUGCCUGUCAACCCCCCCAAGAGCCCCGCUCCCGCGGCGGCCGCCCCAGCCAGCGCCGUGCAGCCUCUGGCGCAGAUGGGCAUCACCCUGCUGCCCCAGGCCACGGCUGUCGCCGCCGCUGCUACUGCCGCUGCCCCCGCUCCGCCGACCACCACCGCCACCAUCCAGGUGCUGCCCACCGUGCCUAGCAGCCCGAUGCCAAUGCCUGCUCCUGUGGCCGCUGCCGCCGCUGCCAGCCCCCGCCCACAAGCGGUCCCCACAGUGCUGAAAGUCACCGGCCCGCAGGCCCCCACAGGGCCACCGCUGGUCACAGUGCGUUCGGCAGGGCAGGCCGGGAAGGGCCCGGUGACGGUCACGUCUCUGCCAGCCGGGGUGCGCAUGGUGGUGCCCACGCAGACCACUCAAGGGACAGUGAUCGGCAGCAGCCCUCAGAUGAGCGGCAUGGCUGCUUUGGCGGCCGCGGCUGCCGCCACUCAGAAAAUCCCGCCCUCCUCCGCUCCUACCAUGCUGAGCGUCCCCGCCGGUACCACCAUAGUGAAGACGGUGGCCGUGCCUCCCGGUACCACUACGCUGCCCACCACAGUCAAAGUGGCCUCUUCUCCCGUCAUGGUGAGCAACCCAGCCACCCGCAUGCUGAAGACGGCAGCUGCCCAGGUGGGCACCUCGGUUUCGUCCACCACCAACACACCGACCCGGCCCAUCAUCACCGUGCACAAGUCAGGCACCGUCACCGUGGCGCAGCAGGCUCAGGUGAUGACCACAGUGGUCGGUGGGGUGACCAAGACCAUCACGCUGGUGAAGAGCCCCAUCUCGGUGCCCGGCGGCAGCGCAUUGAUUUCCAACUUGGGCAAGGUGAUGUCUGUCGUUCAAACCAAACCUGUUCAGACGUCAGCCGUGACGGGACAGGCAUCCACUGGCCCCGUGACCCAGAUAAUCCAAACCAAAGGGCCCCUGCCCGCGGGCACCAUCUUGAAGCUGGUGACCUCGGCGGAUGGCAAGCCCACCACAAUCAUCACCAGCUCCCAGGCGGGCGGCACGGGCACCAAGCCCACCAUCUUGGGCAUCAGCAGCGUGUCGCCGAACACGACGAAACCUGGCACCACCACCAUCAUCAAAACCAUCCCCAUGUCGGCCAUUAUCACUCAGUCUGGAGCUACAGGAGUCACCAGUAGCCCCGGGAUCAAGUCCCCCAUCACCAUAAUCACCACCAAAGUGAUGACGUCCGGCACCGGCACCCCGGCCAAGAUCAUCACAGCAGUGCCCAAGCUGACCACGAGUCACGGGCAACAGGGCGUGACGCAGGUGGUGCUGAAAGGAGCCCCGGGACAGCCCGGCACCAUCCUGCGGACGGUCCCCAUGGGGGGCAUGCGGCUGGUCACCCCCGUCACCGUCUCCGCCGUCAAGCCCACCGUCACCACCUUGGUCGUUAAAGGGACCACAGGGGUGACAACUUUGGGCACCGUGACGGGCACCGUCUCGACCAGCCUGGCGGGGACCGGAGGGCACAACACCAACGCCUCCCUGGCCACCCCGAUUACCACUCUGGGGACCAUUGCAACGCUUUCCAGUCAAGUCAUCAACCCGGCUGCCAUCACGGUCUCGGCAGCGCAGACCACCCUGACGGCAGCGGGUGGGCUAACCACCCCCACCAUCACCAUGCAGCCUGUCUCCCAGCCCACCCAAGUCACUCUGAUCACCACGCCCAGCGGAGUCGAGGCCCAACCGGUGCACGACUUGCCCGUCUCCAUUUUGGCUUCGCCCACCACCGAGCAGCCCACGGCAACGGUCACCAUUGCCGAAUCGGGACAGGGGGACGCCCAGCCGGGCACCGUCACGCUGGUGUGCUCCAACCCACCUUGCGAGACACACGACACCGGCACCACCAACACCGCCACGACGACGGUGGUCGGCACCCUGGGCGGGCCUACCCAGGUGCAGUUUGUGUGCGAAGGGCAAGACGGGCUACAGCCCAACGGCAGAGUGGUGCGAGUCUGCUCCAACCCGCCGUGCGAGACCCACGAGACGGGCACCACCAACACGGCCACCACUGUGCUGAGCGCCAGACAGAGGGUCUGCUCCAACCCGCCUUGCGAGACCCACGAGACGGGCACCACCCACACGGCCACCACCGUGCUGAGCGCCAGGCAAAGAGUGUGUUCCAACCCGCCUUGCGAGACCCACGAGACGGGCACCACCAACACGGCCAGCACGUCCCGGACGCAGAGGACUCCCGCGGAGCCCCCCUGCCAAACGUUCCAAACCAGCUCCACUAGCACCACCAUGACCGUGAAGCCCAUCGUGGGCACGGGCCCGCUCGUCUGCUCCAACCCGCCGCACGAAACCCACGAGACGGGCACCACCAACACCGCCACCACGGCCACCUCCCUCAUGGGCCGGGGGCAGCCCGACGGCAGCCAGAAAGAGCCAGCCAACCCUCCGUGCCAAACGCAGCAGACCAGCUCCACCAGCACCACCAUGUCUGCCAAAGCAGACAUGCCGACAGAGCAGCCCUGCACGGUGCGGAUGGUGAGCUCCCUGCUGCAGACGCCGGGGACCGCUGCGCCCAGCGCCGCCCCGAUCCAAGCCGGCGAAAGACGACCGGCCCCGAGAACCCUCCAGUGCGAGUCCCACCACACCCAUACGACCAACACGGCCACCACGGCUCGGUCCCUCAUGGGCCGAGGGCAGCCCGACGGCGAGUGGGUGGGAUCCGCCAACCCCCCGUGCCAAACGCAGCAGACCAGCUCCACCAGCACCACCAUGUCUGCCAAAGCCAACGUGCCUGCCAAGCAGCUGUGCGCGGCCCCGGCCGCCUCACCGGAACCGGCCGCCAGCCCAGCGCUCUCCACUGCCGCUUGCGAAACCAGCGCCGCGAACACGCGCCCUCCCACGUGCUCCAACCCGCCUUGCGAGACUCACAAGACGGGCACCACCAACACGGCCACCGUAGCCGCUUCGAGCAUGGGCGCGGCCCAGCGGGUGUGCUCCAAUCCCCCGUGCGAGACCCACGAGACGGGCACCACCAACACGGCCACCACGGCCACCUCCAGCAUGGGCACGGGGCAGCAGCAGCUGUGCUCCAACCCGCCUUGCGAGACCCACGAGACGGGCACCACCAACACGGCCACCACCACGACCUCGAACGUUGGCGCCGGGCAGCAGCAGGUGUGCUCCAAUCCCCCGUGCGAGACCCACGAGACGGGCACAACUAACACGGCCACCACCUCCACGUCCAGCAUGGGCAGCGGGCAGGGGGAGAGCGCUCAGCAGGCGCCCGUGGCUCCGCCCUGUGAAACGCAGCAGGCAGCCACCGCUGGCACCACCAUGACGCCCGGCGUUGAAGACCAACCACCUGCGACCAACGGCCAGCAGGGGGAACCGGAGAGCACGGUGACGGAGAGCACAGCCGCCGGCAGCCCCAGUAGCGUCUCAGCCGCCAUCCCGUCCACCCAGACCAGGGCCGUCACCACCGUCACGCAGUCCACACCCCCGCCAGGACCCUCGGUGCCGAGCAUCUCAUCCCUGGCCGAGGCCCCCCCUGAGGAGGCAGCUCCCCCCACCGAGGCUCUGGCCGCCACCAGCACGGAGGCCCUCCCGGGAGCUGCAGAGCCACUGCGGCCCCCCACAGAAAUGCAGGCAGCGGCCCCCGAGCUUCAGGACCCGGCCCCUGCCGCCGCACCGGCGCCCGCACCACCCGCAGAAGGCCCCUCGCCAGCCGAAAGUCUUCCCCAACCGGACCUCCCGGCUCCCGUGGAAGAGGUGCCUCCGGCCCCAGCCGCCCCCACCCAGGAGCCCGUGACGAUGGUGGUGCUGCCCCAGACCACCUCUGCGGCCCCCCCGCCUUCCGAGGUGGAGCCGCUGGCGCUGCCCCAGGAGCUGAUGGCGGAGAGCCAGGCCGGCACGACGCUGAUGGUGACGGGCCUGACGCCCGAGGAGCUGGCAGUGACGGCCGCGGCGGAAGCCGCUGCGCAGGCAGCCGCCACGGAAGAGGCCCAAGCCCUGGCGAUCCAGGCUGUCCUGCAGGCAGCCCAGCAGGCCGUGAUGGGCUCCGGAGAGGCCAUGGACACCUCCGAGGCGGCGGCACAGGCCGAAAUGAGCCACCUGGGCUCGGAGGGCCACGAGAGCCAGCCCACGGCCAUCCCCAUCGUGCUCACCCAGCAGGAACUGGCUGCCCUCGUGCAGCAGCAGCAGCAACUCCAAGAGGCCCAGGCAGCGGCGGCGGCAGCAGCGGCCGCUGCCUCCCAGCAGCAACACCCGCCUCAGCACCCCUCCCACUUGCCGACGGAAGCGUUGGCCCCCGCCGACAGCCUCAACGACCCAGCCAGCGAGAGCAACGGCCUCAACGAGCUGGCCAGCGCCGUCACCAGCGCGGUCGGGUUGCUGCCCUCCACGCCCACGGAGAGCCUCGCUCCCUCGAACACCUUCGUGGCCCCGCAACCCGUGGUCGUGGCCAGCCCGGCCAAACUUCAAGCGGCGGCAGCUCUGGCCGAAGUUGCGAACGGGAUCGAGCCCUCUCCAGUGAAGCCGGAGCCCCCCGCGCCACCCCCCAAGGUGGUCGUGAAGAAGGAGAACCAGUGGUUCGACGUCGGCAUCGUCAAGGCGACCAACAUGAUGGUGACGCACUACUUCCUGCCGGCGGACGACGCCCCCGCUACCGAGGAUGAUUCAGGGACUCUCCCCGAUCAUUCCCAACUCAAGAAGCAGGAGCUGCAGCCCGGGACGGCGUACAAGUUCCGCGUGGCGGGCAUCAAUGCUUGCGGCCGGGGCCCCUUCAGUGAAAUCUCCGCGUUCAAGACCUGCCUGCCCGGCUUCCCUGGAGCUCCCUGCGCCAUCAAGAUCAGCAAGAGUCCAGAUGGAGCCCACCUGACUUGGGAGCCCCCCUCGGUGACUUCUGGGAAGAUCACUGAGUACUCGGUCUACCUGGCCAUCCAGAGCGCCCAGGCCGGCGAGCCCAAGAGCGCCGCCCCUGCCCAGCUGGCCUUCAUGCGGGUGUACUGCGGGCCCAGCCCCUCGUGCCUGGUGCAGUCCGCCAGCCUCUCCAACGCUCACAUAGACUACACCACCAAGCCUGCCAUCAUCUUCCGCAUCGCAGCCCGCAACGAGAAGGGCUAUGGCCCCGCCACCCAGGUCCGGUGGCUGCAAGAGUCCAGUAAGGAUGGCUCCAUGCUCAAACCAGCCAACAAGAGGCCGCUUUCCUCACCUGAUCUGAAAACCGCUCCAAAGAAGCCCAAGGCAGAAGGACAGUGAAGGGCGUCCCCCCCCCCAGCUGUCCCCCCUCCUGCCUGCUCUGCAGCUUCCGCCUGAACCUCGCCCACCCCCCAGUCGAUCACUCCUGCGCGUGGAGGGAAGAUGGCACACCGCCGAAAGCACAUUUCACACACUGUGGGGCUGGACGAUCAGGGGCGGGGCGGGGGGC